AGGAAAAAGGUCUAUAUAAAGGAAAUACAAGCAUCACUAUUCAACCAUUCAAGCACAUAGAGAUGGCCAAGCUUUUCUCUGUGAUUCUAGGAGUUCUCUUGCUGUUCAUUGUGUCCAUCUCUGCCUCUACUAAUCAGGAAAAUACUCGUGUCUCUACUUUUUCUGAGUUGGCAUCAGUCAUAACAUCUGACAUUUCUUGCGCCGACGGCGACGAAUAUUCGGAGACUACGAUUAUUUCAUCAGAUUGCAACGAUUGUACGAAUUGGUGUAAAGAAGAAUGUGCAGAUUUAGGAGGUUCCGUGGUUGACAGCAAGUGCUCAAUAGGUGAAUCUAAAUUUGCAAGGCGUUGCAAGUGUUGCUGUCGGGAAAGCCCACCUCCAUGCCCUGCCAACACUUGUCCUAAAGAGAUGAGUGUGGUGUUAAAACCAGGACAGAAGGCAUGCAAAUACAUACUGUCGUCAUCAUUGUCUUCAUCAGCAGUUAAGUAAGGUCGAUUCAGUCACAUGUUCGACUUUUGAUUAUUUCCAUCUUGAUUUGUGAUAAUAAAAUGGUUGCCUAAGCAUAUGUGUGUAUUUGUUUACAUGUACAUGCAUGGUGCUGGUAACUUAUUGUAUCCUGAUUCUGGACAUUUGAAAUCCUCAGCACGUUUUACUUUCGUAUUAGCCAUUAGGCAACUUAGUUUCUUGGUCUCUUUAAAAUCUUCAUAGCGUUUCAUGUAGAUCGGGCUGCCAACAAAAUGUAUCGGGGGCUGCACUUGAUUAAAAUGUCCAAAAUGUGGAUAUGGGGACUUUUUUUUGACAACAAUAUGGGGACUUAAUCCAUGUAAAAGUUUAAAGAUGUCCUGAAUUAAUUAGAUUUAUUACCUUA